CAGAUUGAUUGCAACACAACGUGUUCUGUAGAACAGUGGAAGCACAUUCCUUUGGAAACUACUUUGGAGUGUGGGAAAAAGGGAGCAUCUGAGAUUAGCUUCUCAUUAUAUGGCCAGACAUGCUGUGCAUUCGAUGCUGGGUGUCUUAGAUACAUAGUUUGUUCUACUUGUAAGAAAUGGGCCGCAGAAAUACAGCAGAAAGCUUGAAAUACGGAGCAUACGCAGG